GAGAGAGAGAGAGAGAAUGGUUUUUCUAAAGCAAAUAGAUUGGGUUUUGUACCAGCUCUUAGCAAACACAUUCUACAGGGCUGCUAGGAAGGUAUGCAACUAUGAUGUCCUGUUUAGGAAUCCUUCCCUUAGGACACACAAAGGUACCAUUUACCCUAGUGUAAGCAAGUGUCCUCUUGAAUGUAGGGCAACCAAGACAUUGGUUUGUGACAUCCAUGGCACCUUGCUAAGGUCACCUUCUUUCUUCCCAUACUUCAUGUUGGUUGCAUUUGAAGGUGGUAGCAUUUUUAGAGCCUUUUUGUUGCUUCUAGCAUCCCCCCUCAUGUGGGUUUUGGGCAAUGAGAUUGGAUUGAGGGUCAUGAUCUUUCUUACAUUCAGUGGCCUUAGAUCGAAGGAUAUGGAGGGUGUGGGAAGAGCAGUGCUACCCAAGUUCUUCCUUGAGGAUCUUAACCUCAAGGUCUAUGAGGUGUUGGCCUCAUCAGAGAGGAGGGUUGUUUUGACAAGUGUCCCUAGAUUGAUGGUUGAAGGGUUUUUGAAGGAGUAUCUGAAAGUGGAUGAUGUUUUGGGGACUGAGUUGCAAGUUGUUGGGGGCUUUUUUACUGGUUUUCUCACUGCUUCUGGACUGCUUGUGAAACACAAGGCUUUCAAAGAGAUCUUUGGAGAGAGUAGGCCUGAUGUUGGCAUUGGUGGAUGCAAUCUACAAGACCACCUCUUCAUUUCCCUUUGUAAGGAAGCUUAUGUGGUGAACAAAGACGACAGAAAGACCAGUGCAAGCACGGUCAUGCCAAGAGAGAAAUACCCAAAACCUUUGGUAUUCCAUGAUGGACGGCUAGCUUUCUUGCCAACACCAAUGGCCACAUUAUCCAUGUUCUUGUGGCUGCCACUAGGAAUACCCAUAGCCAUCUUCAGAUUGCUGGUUGGGAUCUUUCUCCCUUACAACAUAGCCAUCUUGGUUGUGUCAUGGACUGGUUUACACAUCAGGGUCAAAGGGUGGGCCCCACCAAAACCCAGUCAAAGAAAAGGGGUCUUGUAUGUCUGUACACAUAGGACUCUUUUGGAUCCGAUAUUCCUAAGUACAGUGCUACAAAAGCCUGCGACUGCAGUCACAUACAGCCUAAGCAAGAUGUCUGAAGUCAUUGCACCAAUCAGAACCGUUAGAUUGACAAGAGACAGGGACCAAGAUGGAGAAACCAUGCAAAGGUUGCUGAAUGAAGGUGAUCUGGUGGUCUGCCCUGAAGGGACCACAUGUAGAGAGCCAUAUCUAUUGAGGUUCAGCUCUUUGUUUGCCGAAUUAACGGAUGAGAUUGUUCCUGUGGCUAUGGACACUCAUGUUACCAUGUUCUAUGGGACUACAGCAAGUGGGCUCAAGUGCUUGGACCCCAUCUUCUUCUUGAUGAACCCUUUUCCUGCCUAUGGUGUGGGAUUUCUUGGGAAGGUGCCCAGGGAGCUAACGUGCGCUGGGGGCAGGACAAGCUGUGAUGUGGCCAACCAUAUACAGAGGCAGCUGGCUGAUGCAUUGGGGUUUGAGUGCACUACACUUACUAGGAGGGACAAGUACAUGAUGCUUGCAGGGAAUGAAGGGGUGGUCCAUCAUAACAACAACCGUUGAUUUUGAGUGAGAGAGAGAGAGUGAGUGAUUUUUACUGUUGAUUUCUUUAUUAUUCUCUUAUAAGGUUUGCUUGAAUGCUUCACGAAUUUCAAUAAGAUACAUCAGACCUCUAGCUAUUGAA